UUACACAAUUUCUUCUAUAACAACAGCACCAUACUCAUCAGGAUAGAAGACCCUAACGAGGAAGAGCGUGAAAACUUUCUUGCCCCUCUGUUUUUCGAUGAAAAAUCAUUGAGCUUGUACACGAUAUGGCAGGAGAGCAGGAAAGCAGAAAAUAAAAUUAUAAAGUAUGAACCCCCAGAACCUUGCAAGGCAAUUACCCGCAAGAGAAAGAGGAAAGAAAAAGUGAAGAACUUGGACAACAUGGGACUGGGAGAUAUAUCAAAAUCGAUAGAGGCGCUCGAUCAAGCCAAGAGGAAACGGGAACAGUCCAAUCACGACCUCGUGAAGAAAAUCAAGCUCUGCGAAAGCAAGUUCGGAACAUACAAAUCGAACAGCAUCAGCAGCCUCUAUGAUUUGCACAGGCAGAUGAAGCGUGAAAAGGGAGAUGAAGGAAAUCUCACUCCCGGCGACAGUAUGACGUCUGUGGCUUCGUCGAAGAAUAAGCAGUACUUCACUAGGGUACUGUCUGACCUACUGAAUCAUCGAAAUAUCAUUGUUAACAGAGACUCAUCAAGCUCCAGCACCAAUAUUUUGGAAAACGUUUUGUGCGACAAGUUGAUCAAAAUCGAACCAAGGAGAGUUACUACUGCUUCGUCUUAUCGUCAAAAGUUUGAAGAUAUCUAUAUGGAGAAAAUAUACAACUUGUGGAAACAUGCUUCUAUGGUUACAUCAAAAAACAUGGCCGUCGCCCAACUUGAAUUAUUGUAUGACGUUAUAUCAGCCUGCAUCAGCAUAAACAGAAAUUCUUUCUCUACUCUCCUAGAGCACCUUGAGAAUGUAUUGAGAAGAGUUGAAACUUCCCAUCAUGAUACAGAUUCUGAUGAACAUUGUUCAUAAAUGUUAGUCUCGAUGAAUAAAUAUUACGAUUCAAUUUGGU